AAAGUCUUCUCUUUUUUGUUCCUUUUUCGUUGCGCUUUUGAUUCAUCUUCGUCGACGUUUGUUGAUUGAUCGAGAGGGUUUUGGGGAGCAAUGGCGAUGCCUUCGAACAAGAAUAAAAACGCUAAAUUGGUCCUGCUUGGAGAUGUUGGAGCGGGAAAGUCUAGUCUGGUUUUACGCUUUGUAAAAGGACAAUUUAUUGAAUUUCAGGAAUCAACUAUAGGUGCUGCCUUCUUCUCACAAACUGUAUCAGUCAAUGAUGAAUCUGUGAAGUUUGAAAUCUGGGAUACAGCAGGGCAGGAGAGGUACCACAGCUUAGCCCCUAUGUACUACAGAGGUGCAGCAGCGGCCAUAAUUGUGUAUGACCUGACCAAUCCGGCUUCUUUUACCAGAGCAAAGAAAUGGGUUCAAGAACUUCAAGCACAAGGCAAUGCCAACACAAUUAUGGCCCUUGCUGGGAACAAAGCUGACAUGUUGGAGGCUAGAAAAGUGACUGAAGAGGAAGCCAAAACCUAUGCACAAGAGAAUGGCUUAUUCUUCAUGGAAACUUCUGCAAAAACAGCCCUAAAUGUCAAUGAUAUAUUCUAUGAAAUUGCCAAGAAACUAGUUCAGGCUCAAACGGUAGCGCCAAACCCUUCGGGCAUGAUUCUAAUGGAUAGACCUGCAGAUCAAGCGCCGCCUAAGACUUCUUCAUGCUGUGCAUAGUUCCUUUAUUUACAACCAAAAGCCGACGGCUUUUUACAUAACUUCCUGGCUCACUGUCACAGUACAGAUCAAGAGUGUUUCUGUUAUUGUGUUCCUCAUUGUGAUGUGAAUAUUAUUAUCUAAAUUAGUUAUUAAGAUUUGAGAGUUAAGAAAGAAAGCAUUGGAAUUGUACCAUCUGUGGAAUAGUUUGUUCUCUUUGGCAAUGUUUUGAAAAUUUCUUUCUUAGUUGUGUUGUGAGUUUCCAGAGGGAAAGAAGAGGAUUUUGAAUGAAAAUUAAUUUUGUGUU